AAGCGCGCUAUGGCGUAUGAAACAUGUGACGAUUUUGAUAUGCAAAGAAUUGGCAACUUUCUGAGUUGUGCAUCUAGAGGUGACAGGGUUGGGCUUAAUUUGAUGCUGAGAGAUGGAAUAUCUCCUAAUGUUCAAGAUUAUGAUAAGAGGACUGCACUUCAUUUGGCUGCUAGUGAAGGUCAUGCCUCCAUUGUAGAGCUUUUGUUACAUUACAAAGCUGAUGUUAAUCUUGAUGAUAGGUGGAAUCGAACGCCGUUGACCGAUGCAAGGCUGUAUGGACAUAGAGACAUAUGCAGAAUUCUUGAAGUGAAUGGAGGCAAGGAUUCGGUUAUGAACAGUCCAAUGACAGUAGUUCGUGAUGAAGAUGCGAAGGAAGUUAAUAUUGACAUUUCAGAGAUUGAUUCAGUUAAUUCAGAACCAAUUGAACAGGGCGUAAGGGGUAAUUCCGAAUUGGUCAAGUGGCGUGGAACAUGGGUCGUCAAAACAAUAAUCGAGAGACAGAUAGAACUCCCAGUGAAAAUGGUUUUGUCAGCUAACGAUAACACGCAGUUAAGGGAGCUUCGUCAUCCUAAUAUACUACAGUUUCUUGGUUCUAUUAUGCAUGAGGGACAAAUGAUUCUGAUAACAGAACAUUUGCCAAGAGGAAGAUUGUAUGAUAUGUUGAUCCAAAGGGCCGGACUUGAUCUACCACUUGCUUUGCGGUUUGCACUCGACAUUGCUCGGGGGAUGAAUUAUCUUCACCAUCACAAGCCCUACCCAAUAAUUCACAAUAAUCUGGAUCCAAAAAACUUAUUGCAAGAUGAAGGUGGCCAUUUAAAGAUUGGUGAAUAUUGGAUCCAAAUGUUGUAUGAGUUGCACCCGAAUCAAGAACGUACUGUCAACCGGCAUUUAGUCAAUAAAGGAAGAGACGUCCUAUUAUUUGGACUCAUAUUAUAUCAGAUGGUAGAAGCAAAGUACAUGCCGGGCAUCAUCGAUGAGAAUGAACUGAAAUUCAGUAGUAAAUGUCCUGCAAGGAUUCAACAGUUGAUAAGGCGGUGUAUUGGUGACGUUCUUUCUCGCCCUGACUUCAUGGACAUCAUUGACAUGCUAGAAGAAGUGUACCUGUCUCUAGGAAAACCUUCUUGUGGUCUGUUGAGCACAUUCACAACUACCAAAUAAUUCUAAAGCAAUAAUAUACAAAUGGUUUAGAUAUAUGUGUGUAUGAGAUAAUGCUUAUUUUGUUUGCUCUUUUUUCUUGUUUCGUGUAUGUUGUUAUGAUUGUCAAAUGUGUACACAAAACACACUUUUGUUAUUAUUUUUUUUUUUACUGAAAUGGACUUGACAUGAUUUGUAGUGUAGUUAGCUA